GAUUGGCUGAAACCACAAAGACAUCAUCUGACGUGGCAGUUUCUCUGUCCUCAGAGAUUUUCAGAUAGUGUCCGAACGGCGAAACAACACACGAAGACAUCUCCAAAGCUUUUUGCUUUUCUUUCAUUGCUUCGAUCUUCCUCCAAUGGCUGUCAACGCUCCGAUAUCGUCUCCUGCGGCUCACCCGCGAACACAGUUUCUCUCCAACCCCGUUCUCCCUCGCUUUCGCCGGUCAUACUCCGCCGUUAAAUCACCAGCAGCCUUCUCCGUCGUCUCAAUGGCUCCCCAGAAAAAGGUGAACAAGUAUGACGCCAAGUGGAAGAAACAAUGGUACGGAGCGGGACUAUUCUUCGAAGGGAGCGAAGAAGUAAACGUCGACGUUUUCAAGAAUCUAGAGAAGCGAAAAGUACUAAGCAACGUUGAGAAAUCUGGUCUUCUCUCAAAAGCAGAAGACUUGGGAGUCACGUUGUCAUCUCUUGAGAAGCUUGGUGUCUUCUCCAAAGCCGAGGAGCUCGGUCUUCUCAGUCUCCUUGAAACUUUAGCUGGUACAUCUCCUGCCGUCUUGGCCUCGGCUGCACUCCCGGCUCUCACGGCUGCUAUUGUAGCUGUGGUUCUGAUUCCUGAUGACUCAACUACUCUGGUGGUUGCUCAAGCUGUUUUGGGCGGUGCUUUUGCUCUUGGAGCUGUUGUUUUGUUGGUUGGGUCUGUUGUUUUGGAUGGACUUCAAGAAGCUGAUUGAUUAUUUUCUCUAUAAACAAAACUCAACUAAAAACAUUGUUGUACAAUUGUUUUUUUGUAAUAAGUUUCUAUAGAAGAAGGAUUCUAGCUUAUUAAAGCCUU